GAACUCAUGAUAGAGCAGCAGGAGAAAACAGGUGAAGCCGUACAGUGACUGUGAAAGUGUGAAAGUGAAACAAUUGGAAGAUUGAUUGUCGUUGCAGAGUGAGCAUUGCAGAGCUAAAAUGGAUCCAAACAAGAAGGGUUCUGAGAUUGCGGCGCUGUUGAAUCUGAAUCCUCACCCAGAAGGAGGUUUCUAUUCAGAAACUUUCAGAGAUUCGUCAGUUACUCUCCUCAAGUCGCAACUUCCCUCUGAGUACAAGGUUGAUCGCCCCGUCAGCACAUGCAUUUACUUCUUGCUGCCAUCAGGGAGUGUCUCACGCCUCCAUCGUAUUCCAUCUGCAGAAACUUGGCAUUUUUACAUGGGAGAACCUCUCACGGUACUGGAGUUGAGCGAUGAUGGCCACAUCAAGAUGACCACCCUGGGGCUUGACCUAGAAGCAGGCCAGCGACCCCAAUACACUGUAGCUCCAAAUGUGUGGUUUGGUGCAUAUCCAACUAGGGAUGUUGAAAUUUCACCAGAUGGUAACUCAUUAGUUAUGGCUCCACAAAAGGAUGCAGAGAGCCACUACUCCCUUGUCGGGUGCACCUGCGCUCCAGCUUUCCAGUUUGAAGACUUUCAGUUGGCAAAACGCAGUGAGCUGAUUGCAAGUUUUCCAAAGCUGGAGUCUCUGAUUGUGUACCUCACCUUCCCCAACUGAUCAAAUGCCCAGUUAGCUGGAGUGAAAUCUGGACCGAAUACUUUCGAGUUUUGUUUGAAAAACUAUGUUAUGAACUCACUUCCCUUCUCUUCAUCUCGCUCCCAACCAAGAAAGUCACACACACAAACCCCCCUCCCUCCAAUGGCUAGUGUAAGUCACACAUAGGACUUUCACUAAUGCCUAUACACAUCGAGGAUGGAUAUGGGUUCUUCUGCUGUUGGAUGGACAGUAUCAUUAUCUUAAUCAUAUGGUCGUCACUGUAUUGGACUAUUUGCUUUAUUUUGUAUAAGUAAUACAGAUUUUCAUACUU